AUCAAACUUUGCUUGCAGUCACUCGGAACCCAGCGGGGAGCCAUGUCUGUGUCGCAGUUUUACAUCCUCAGCAACCGUGGGGACGCCAUCAUCUCGUCCGACUUCCGAGGUGAUGUUCCUAGCGACAGUGCCGAGACGUUCUUCCGCAAGGUCAAGUUUUGGGACAAGGGGGAUGCGCCGCCGACGUUCCACAUCGACGGGGUGAGCUACUUGUACGUGAAGAAGAACGGGCUGUACUUUGUGGCCACGACGCGGUACAAUUUGUCCCCGGCGUACAUUUUGGAGCUGCUGUCUCGCUUAUGCCGCGUGUUCAAGGACUAUUGCGGCGUGCUGUCGGAGGAAACGCUUCGGAAGAACUUUGUGCUGUGCUACGAAUUGCUGGACGAGACCAUGGACUUUGGGUAUGCCCAGGACACGUCGACGGAAGGAUUGAAGGCGCACGUGCAUAACGAACCGAUCUUGGUCGGCGAAGCGCUGCAGGCGAAGGAGCGCAACUUUUCGUCCGUGAUCUCGCGCCAAACCAACAUCAAGGCCGCCAACGCCGUGCGCAAGCCGGUCGCGAACGGCCAACAGACGUCCAAGAAGGCCGAGAACGAACUCUUCUGCGACAUCCUCGAGCGCCUCAAUAUCGUGUUCUCCCCCAACGGCCAAAUGCUCAACUCGAGCAUCGAAGGCAAGAUCCAAAUGAAAUCGUACCUUCAAGGCAACCCCGAGCUUCGCUUAGCCCUCAACGAGGACCUGCUGAUCGGCGCCAACAACCCGCGCGGCAACUACGGCAACACGUACGGCCACGUCGUGUUGGACGACUGCAACUUUCACGAAUGCGUGCAACUGGACGAGUUUGAGCGCGACCGCGUGCUCACGUUCACGCCGCCCGACGGCGAGUUUACGGUGAUGAACUACCGACUCACGGGCGAGUUCCGCGCGCCGUUCAAGAUCUUUCCGUACGUGGAAGAAACCAGCCCGACCAAGAUUGAGAUUGUGCUCAAGAUCCGCGCCGACAUGCCCGACACCAACUAUGGCGCGAACGUGAUCAUCCGGUUCCCAGUCCCCGCGUCCACCCAGAGCGUGACCACCGACUUGGGCAACAACGGCGCCGGCCAGUUGGCGGAAUACCGAGAAAACGAAACCCAGGUCCGAUGGGCGAUCAAGCGGUUCAAUGGCGGCGCCGAGUUUACAUUGCGGGCCAAGAUCACGCUCAAGGAACCCAACCCGCACGUACGCCGGGAGAUUGGGCCUGUGUCGAUGAACUUUGAGAUCCCCAUGUACAACGUGUCGACGUUGCAAGUGCGGUACCUCCGCAUCCCCGAGCACGCGCGCCACCCCAACUACGUGUACAAGCGCUGGCUGCGUUAUGUCACCCAGUCCAAUUCGUACGUGUGUCGCGUGUAGCAAAGUACUAGUAACCUCGACGCCGGGCUACUACUAGUACUAGUACUCGUAAUACAUGGUGGGGACGACCACCGACUAACGUUCCUACUAGUACAUUCAUGUGUUGGGCUUGGGUUUAUCGGUUGGUGUUGUGGUGGUUGCUUGUCGGGGGAGGGGGGCUUGAGUAGUGUAUGUAGUGCAGCUGUAAUAUACAACAGUAGCCCA